CAUUGAUAAAUUUAAGUAAAACUUUAAUACAUAUUUAUUUGAGAGUUUUUUGUAACGUUGAGACCAAUGACCUGCACUAAAUCAAAAACUUCAUAAUAUUUUAAACUGAAUUUUAUUAAUAUAUUUUAAAACAUUUUAAUUACAGGAAGAUUUUGUCGACAAUAACGAAUCAAAUGUCAGUGAUAAUCAAUCAAAAGGGACUAAUAUUAAUGAACUGCCAAAUAAUACAUUAGUUGAAUUAUGCAAUCAUUCUGAAAAUAAAAAUAUUAUGGACUUGUACGAUAAAAAUCUAAACGAAUCUGCUUCGGAUGUUAAUACAUUCAGCGAAACGGCAGAGUUACUUUCAAAAAUAUUGAACGCAAAAGUCUCGGUUUCAAAAGAACAGACACCACUGUUACCAAUGAACUCUGACACAAAAGAUUCAGCACUCUUGGAAAGCAAAUGUCCAGAAAAAGAUGUUUAUUUAGGAUCAUCUCAAGUUUUUGCGAAAGAGAAGAAAAAACCUAUAAAAAACAUGAAAACAAAUCCUUGGAUAGAACUCUUUGCCGAUCUUGAUCCACUAGCUAAUCUUGAAGCGUUCGAUUUAAAAUUAAGUGGUGAUAGUAAAAACUUUCAACAAACUUAAAUUACGUAUUUAUUUUAUUAAUUUUACAGUUCCAUUUACAAUUAUCACAGAUUUAGUUUGAAUGAGAUUUUGAAUAAGAUUUUCGAUACAAACUACAUAAAUAUUUUUUAUAAUGUUUAGUUCAUGUAAAUUAAAAAAAUGUACUAGAUUUCUUUAUUGUAACAUAAAGGGUUAAGAAAUAAAACUAUAAUUAAAAUAAUCUAAAACUAA